UGAGGGAAAAUCCGGACAAAUUUUCUACUGCUGUCCGGACAAAUUUCGCGAAAUUUCAAAAAAUUUGGUACCCAGGUUCUUAUAGUACUUUGGGGGGUCCUCCUUUCUCCGGUGUGAUUUUAGAGGAAAACGAGAAUCCACUUCGCGUGGUGGACUGCGGUGAGUCGAAACGGCUAAUCAAGCAGCAGAUGUUAUGGCCGUCUAACAGCCUCAGAGAGAGGCAUCGGACUGACAGAAGUGUCUGUGGACCAGCUAAUACGAUCUACUGUUAAAACUUAGAGAAACGUCGACGCUGCUUUUGCGUCAUAGGCUCCGGCGGUCUCCUCAGGAGUCAAGGAAUGGACGAAACGCUCACAUAUGCGUAAGUAUGGGGCAAAGGGCUGUGCAUGAUAUGGAGCAGGUACCCUCCUUGCUACGUUGUUCUCUGCCGGUCAGGGAUCCAUGCUCCUACGCCAAUAGUGUUUUAUCGUCAAAAUCAUUUUCGAAGUUUAUUAUUCCUCACUUACGAGAUGUGGCUCCGCAGCAUCUUUCUGCAGCUGGUCAUCAGUCCCGCUUUCUGGAUUCUUGAUGCCAAUGCGCUUCCGCUCAACUCUUCAUUGGGAUCUAGCGCUUCCUCGCACACAUUGGAUAAUUCAGAACAAACGGUAGAAGAUCCAUGGGAUACAAUAAGAAAAUGGAAUUUGAGGAGGAACAUCGAACAGUCAUGGAUUAAAUACCAGGAAAAAUGUCCAGGAUUUGGAGAGAACGAGAAAUACUUCCAACAUGACAUUACUGGCCUGUCAAUGAAACCUCUACAUUUGAAUCUUGGAGGAUUCAAUGGGGGAAUUUACAAACUCUCUGCUUUAGACUCCGAAUUUGAAGAUGAGAAUCGUGCAGGACCGGGGCAUGUCAUUAAGCUGGUAGAUCUCCACCAAGAAUAUGCGUCGUGCGAGCCAUAUGCUCUUCAGGCGCAUAAAAUCUGGGUUCAAACUGGAUUUUUGAUGGAUUCGGUGGGGACAAAAUGGGGUGCUCUUCAGAUGGAAGAGAUUCCUGGUCAACCAUUGUAUAGAUACCAGCUCUGGCUUAGGAGGCCCUCUUUGGAGGAAAAGAAGAAUAUACUCGUAGAGGUUCGGAAUCAGCUUUUCGAAAUCAUUUACUCGAAGGCUAAAGAGACUCACCAUCUCCUUCAUACUGAUUUCAACCCUAACAACGUUCACGUUGUACUCAAGCUCGAGAAUAAGCGUAUAACGGUCGUUGGGGUACGCCUGUUGGACUUUGGAUAUCCAGGAAUUUAUACUACGACGGAGCUUCCACCACAGAAGAAAUUCAGGGCAUGGUUUGACUUACGAUUUGACCUUUUGUGGGAUUAUGUCUAUGAAUUGCUUGGUGAAGAGCCGCCUCAUUAUAUGAAAUACGUGGCUUUGAUUGAGGGGGAGGUAGUCGAGGUGAACGACCCCUAACGUGAAAGGAAAGGAGAUGUAGCUUAAAGUUUGAAGGGGGUACCCAUAUACGUCGAGCGCUAUACCUACACACUGGCACUCUCUGGCAUUACACUUCCACAUGACUCAUGGCUACACCACCGACCUAUAUUCUUGCUCACCUUUGCGGUUAAUGAAGAGGGGGAACACACAUCUGCAAAACAUGGAUAUUCGGCUAAGGGCUGAGAGCAGAUCCCAGCAGAUCCCAGUACCGAAAGCACUGAGAGCAGGCUGCUCUGAGUGCUUUCA